AAAAUUUUAUCUGCCUUUUCCUAUUUAGGGAGUAUAGAUAAGAUCAGAAUUACUUUAGAAGUUUUCCAAAUUAGGAAUAAAUGGAAAUUGCAUCUAUGCGCUUGAGUAUACUAUUAAAAGUAAACCAGAAUGCUCCUUACUAGAGCAAGAAAGUCAGGCCAUCUAUUUCAACAGUUUAAUGCAAGCUCCUGAGUGGAGGAUGACUAAGCUCGGAUAGGUACUUAUGCACAAGCUGGUACAGUGCUUCUGGUUUAGAUGAUAGCUAAUUUAAGAUCUAAAUUCGUUUACAAUUAGUCUGAUAUGGAAAAAAAGCUUUAUUAAAAAGAAAAAAAAUUGUUUUAUCUCUUUUACCAGAUAGAGGACCAUAUCAUGAUCUGAUGGUUUAGCAUCUAUUAUCUGAUGGUUUUUCCAUGUGAUUGUUUGCUUUUAGCUGACAUUUCCACUAUACAUAAUGUUUAAUUGAUUAUGUGUUGGAAUGCUUUCAGAUGAAAAAGAUGCUUCACUAAAACAGGCGAAGUGCCACAGUGAAGCUUCUUACCCUUCAUCAGGUGUUGAGAAGGUUAUACCUGAUGAUUGUUCAAGUGCAUUCCAGGCCGAGAAUAUGGAUGAGUCUAGUUUGGAUAGUGCUAAUGUACCAAAAGAAAGGCCAAUGUCUCCGGGAACAUUAGCACUCAUGUGCGAUGAACAGAAUACGAUUUUUACUGUGGCUGCUGCUCCCCCUAAUGACCCAACAAGCCUUAGCAAUAAUACAUCUUCCCAACUUCCUCAUGGGCAGGCCAUGAAAGAAGUCUACCCAGAACUGGAGAAGAUCGUGUUGACGCGAACUCGUGAUUGCCUUAAAAAGCUGAUCACUUUAGGAGAAUUAAAAGAAACAAAAUGUUCUUCAAUGGUGCGAGGUGCCGAUUCAGGUAGCCAAAAUGAAGUGAACGGCAACGGCAUAGCCAUGACUGAUUCAAGGAAUCAACAUGAACCUUUCAGGAAUGGUGUUGCCAAUACUGUUCCAACUCCUCCACCUCCACCGCAAAAGGUUGAACCUGGAACUACUGCUUUUAAUAAUAACCCAUGUCCUAAAGUUCAUCCUUCGGAUGGUAAUGGGGACGUGAUAUCAAAAAGCUGAAAUAAACUGUAAAGAGAUUUAGGAUGAGGUUUGCCUCGAGCUGCUGCAUCUCUGUAAUAUUAGGCUAUUCUUUAUUCAGUUUGUCUUCGAUGCAGUGGCAAGGUUAUUUCAGGCCUCAUUUGUUAGAAGUUAGAACUAACUAGCACCACUCAUGUAACCUUACUACAGUUUUCCUUGGUAUAAUUUUAUUGAAAGUAACAAUUAUUCAUC